CUAACGGUUGUAUSGACUUUUCGAACAAUUCCUUUCGAAAACCGAUGACAAUCCAAGGAAUUUGCUAGGAAACGCUUGUUUACACGACAAACCCUAUCUCAUCCUCGGAAUCCAUMYMUCUUCUCACAAUUUCAUCGAAGACACACCUUCGAAUCAACCAAACAAACAAGCCAACGCUAAUCCUGUUGUGGUUUCCAAAAGAAGUUUAACUUCAGAACUAAUCGCUACCAUGGCCGUCCAUAACGAAUCGCACGGAAUCAGCACUCCGCUGGACAAAAUCCGUAUUGUCUUYUCCCUCGUCCUCCUGGUCUUCUCCAUCGUCGUUGUGUUGGCGUUGAUCGGAACCGGAAACACYCAGUUGGCCCGCGAUGUCCACCCUAUCGCUGCYGGAGUCAUCAUGUGGUCUCUUAUCAUUUGGAUGUCCAUGGUUGAAGGAGGACAGUGCUCCAUGGUUGGACUUCCCCCCAUCGACCGUGAACUCUACCGUGAAUCCCACCCUAUCACCUACAAGAUCACCGGAUGGGGACACAAGGGAGACAACCUCGACCGAUACCUCAUGGGACGUCAGUUCAUGGUUAUCUUCAUCAACUUCACCAUUGGACUCUGUGGAGCUCCUCUCUCUGGUGCCAAGGUCCUCGGACUUCCUGACUGGGUCUCUGCCAUCUUCCUUGGAUCUGGUAUUGCUAUGGUCUUGCAGAACGUCAUUGUCGGACAGUUGACUUCCCAGUGUAACGCCUCCCACAUGAUGCUUGACUACAUCAACACUCAUUUCAUGACCUUCACCUACUGGGUUGCCGCCGGUAUCGAAGUUACCGGUGUCAUGCACACYUCKUACUUGAUCCGUAUGAUGGCCUAYUGGGCCGCUGGCAAGCCUGUUGAAUCGAACGAACCSCCCAAGACCGGAUUCACUCUUAUUUUCUUCUGGGGACGUGUUCUUUUCUCCCUUGSYGUUCUUGGAUUCGCUCUUGCWGUCACCAUYGAAGCCCUCUACCGUGGAAAGACCUCCGCAUGGAACGGAAUCCCCGARACUGUCUCCCUUCUCCUUUUCUUCAUCCUCAUGUGCUGUGUCGGUCUUCUYGAGGGUAUGCAAAUUGCCUUYUUCACUGUUGCCAAGCUCCCCAAGUCUGAACGUGGAUCUUCCCCAAUGGCCCUUCGUACCUGCGAAUGCCUCUUCCAGAAUGGUGGACGAAACCUUCCCGGAUUCAUGUGCGGUCGUCAAAUGACUGUCACCCUUUGCUUCUUCGUCAUUGCCCGUGUCACCACUGUCAACAUUGUUAUCGGUGAAGAUGAAAACAUCUUCGGAGUCUCUGACCCAAUUCAAAAGAUGCUCAACUUGGGUUUCAUGGGAGCCAUCACCACCACUAUCCUUGGAUCUAUCGCCUGGCAAUUGGUUGCUUCCAGCUUCCCCAUUGCKUUCUUGAGCAACCCUAUUGUKUUUGUGUUCCUUCAGGCUGCUCUCUUCCUUGAGGCCACUGGUAUCUGCUACGCCGCYUGGUUCCUUGCCUGGUGCCAACGCAAGGUCAUGGGAUUCCAAUACGAUGAAGUUUACGUCGGAACCCCUGAAGAACGUGCCGCUAAGGGACACGCUGACGACAACCACGCYGACGACAACUUGGAUCUUGCCACAUUCCUUCCUGCCAGUGGAAUCGGAACUGAUGACUUGGCUGCACGAUUCAAGCCUCUUUCCGUCAUGCAAGAGACCUACUCGGGCCGUCGCGAACACAUCCUGUCCAACAUCAAGGAACUCCGAACACACAUUGCUGAAGCUGUCACCGAAGACGAGAAGGAGGCCUUCGAAACCGCCCUCAAGCUCGAAAUUGACAGCUUGUCUCGCCUCAACACCAGUGAAAUGGAAAGCAAGCGAUUCGACGAAGCCGACAAGAUGGACGCAAUCUCCGAAGAACCUUAAAUAUGCAAAAGAGUUUCAAUUCCAACCCCGACAAGAUGGACGCCAUCUCCGAAGAACCUUAAAUAUGAAAAGAGUCUUUCCUUUUGAGAGCGAACCUUUGUCUAAACUAUAUGUUCACAUUUGAAUGAUCAACCUGAAGGUCAUCAACUAUUGUACACCAGUAAAAAUAAAACAAAAUGAAGAAC